AAGAUUGAGCUUUGAUUUAUGAACUCCACUCUUGAAUCUCACUUGAAGGUGAAUCUAAAUCUUCCACCUUUGGGAUUUGAUUUCUGCUCUUCAGAACUGCACACUUGUUCUUAAGAACUUCUAGGACAAGCCGUGUUAUAUCCCCUGCUGAUCCGAGCCGGAUCUUUUACAGUUGAUAGCCAUGCAGGUGUCCUUUGCAUGUACGGAUCACGGGCUGAAGGCUCCACGCAACAGUGAACCAAACAAACAGAACACGUCAAGUCCAAGCACGGCCAGCGCUGCACGGGCUCGGUUCCGAACAGUGGCGCUGAUCGCCCGUAGUCUGGGUUCUUUCUCGCACAGACACCAUGUUUCUCUAAAGGAGUCCACCGGAAAACUCACUGGCAUGAAAUACAGGAAUCUUGGAAAGUCAGGACUACGAGUGUCAUGUCUUGGACUUGGCACUUGGGUGACAUUUGGGGGGCAGGUUUCAGAUGAGGUGGCAGAGCAGCUAAUGUCUAUAGCCUAUGAAAACGGUGUCAAUCUCUUUGACACUGCAGAGGUCUACUCAGCUGGGAAAGCUGAAAUUAUCCUAGGAAACAUUAUAAGGAAGAAGUGUUGGAGGAGGUCAUCCCUGGUUAUCACCACCAAGCUCUACUGGGGAGGAAAGGCCGAGACAGAGCGUGGGCUUUCGAGGAAGCACAUCAUUGAAGGUCUUAAGAGUUCCUUACAGAGGUUACAGCUAGAAUAUGUGGAUGUGGUUUUUGCCAAUCGCCCUGACAGCAACACACCAAUGGAGGAGAUUGUGAGAGCCAUGACUCACGUCAUUAAUCAUGGUAUGUCCAUGUACUGGGGAACUUCACGCUGGUCAGCUAUGGAGAUCAUGGAGGCGUACUCUGUAGCGAGACAAUUUAAUCUGAUUCCUCCUGUAUGUGAACAGGCGGAGUAUCAUUUCUUUCAGAGGGAUAAAGUAGAAAUGCAAUUGCCUGAACUGUACCAUAAGAUAGGUGUUGGUGUGGUGUCCUGGUCCCCGCUGGCUUGUGGGAUCAUUACAGGAAAGUAUGAGAACGGCAUUCCAGAAUCCUCCAGGGCCUCUUUGAAGUCAUACCAGUGGCUGAAGGAGAAGAUUCUGAGUGACGAUGGCAGAAAGCAGCAGACCAAGCUUAAGGAAUUGACCCACAUUGCUGAGAGGCUCAGCUGUACCCUGCCACAACUUGCCAUCGCCUGGUGCCUCCGUAAUGAAGGAGUGAGUUCUGUUCUCCUGGGGACCUCUAACCCUGCGCAGCUCACUGAGAACCUGGGGGCGAUACAGGUUCUUUCAAAGAUCACCUCUCACGUGGCCUCGGACAUCGACAAGAUCCUGGGCAACCGCCCCCCCAGUAAGAAAGACUAUCAUCACUAGGCCUUCUUGUGAACCCGUACGCCUUGAGACUUAAGAUCCCGUGCCAGCCCUCUUGUGUCGGCAGGUGUCCACAUUCCACCAUUGUGUGUCUAUCUAAUCUUCUCCUCCAGAGAUCCAUUGUUAUUAUUAUAGUAGAAAUGGUAAAGUUUUAUGCAUGCUUCUGUUUGACCUAAACCUGAGCUCAACCUUGCGUGAAGAUCAUUGUGGAUACACACCUGCCCAUGAAGCACAGAAGAUUUUGGACCCUUGUCCAUAGGAUUACAUUAUGCAUUAAGCUUUCCAUCUCCCAUAUGUGCCAAAGUGAACCCUGGUAUUAACCUUGCCCUCUGGAGAUCCUAAAAAAUGGGUAGACAGAGAGAAAUGACAGGGCCUAGUGAAUUAUUGUCUAUUAAAAUAACAUACUGUAGGAGAAAACACUGCAUAUUAUGCUGAGAAUGUAAAAACUAAGAGCUGUGACAUAAGGCAGUGCAGCAUAUAGAGUUGAACUGUUUAACCCUUCUACAGUCUUCGUUACAGGCCGACAUUAUGUAUUUUUUUUUUAGAAAUGUAAUAAAACUAACUUCAGAACUAAAGUCAGAACACUAAAUGUAUGUAUUUCUUUGGGGAAUAUAAUGGUAUUUAGACCUAAUUUACAUCUAAAUGACUAAAUUACACCACUUAUUUUCAUAUAAAAUAAAAACACUUUUUAUUACUUCCACUUAGUUAAAAACAUGCACUUCGUUCAACUGAAAAAUAAGAAAAUAUCUAAAUAUGUCAUGGAGUUGGAGAAUCUUCUGCCAUCUGCUGGAAAAAAUAUAUACACACAUUUUCAUGAAAUAACAAUUAUAACCAGUAGAUGGCUGCAGCGAUCCACACAUGCUGCCUGGUCACUAUAGACCAAUGUUGAAACAAAUUUCUAGAUAUUAAGUUAUGAAUUUGGAUAUAUAUUUAAAAGUUAUCAAAGUCUUAUUGUUAUUAAAAGAUUAGCAUUUUUUAUGUUUGUGGUCAGACUAGACCAUGGUGUUACAAAGAGAAGACUUACAGUAAGCGUUUUGUUACUAACAUUUAUUAGAUAACGAACAGAAAGAAAAUGAAAAGAAAGAUAAUGAACAGAAAGAAAAAAUGUCUGUGUGUGUGUGAUGAAAUGACAAAUGUAGCAUUUUGGUAUGGGAAACCAUUUUUAUUACAAAAACAAUAGUCAAAUUGGUCAAAAAUGACCAAACAGUAAUGUAAGGAACACUAUUUCAUCAUUGUGCUGCUGAAAUAGAACUGUGAGCAAGGCCUACCACACCUAAGGUCUAUAUCUAUUUGGGUGUGUGUGAAAGAGAGAGAGUAUGUGGGUGUGUGUGAGAGAGAGAGAGAGAGAGAGUGAGUGAGUGAGUGAGUGAGUGAGUGAGUGAGUGAGUGUGUGUGUGUGUGUGUGUGUGUGUGUGUGUGUGUGUGUGUGUGUGUGUGUGUGUGUGUGUGUGUGUGUGUGUGUGUGUGGUAACGUGUGUUAAAGUCUAAUUCUUUGUUUUUUUUCUUAUGCUCUGUCAAAUUGGCCCAGGAGUACGAAAGGUGUAACACUGUUUGAUAAAACCACCCAGAUCCAUAGAAUCAGAAGACAGUAGAAUGGUUAAGCAGUGUGUGCAAACAAAUGUUUUGGAUUAAAAAGCCAUCAACAGAAGAGUGAGCUGUUAUUAUGUUAAUAUGUUGUCCAAAAUGUUCCACAUUUUCUCUCAAUUAUCUUUAAAUGAGUUUAUGGCUGUUUGUCUCUGUUUUCCUCUGUAAUCCCUCAUAUUUGUGCAAUGUCUGAUCUGUCCAAAGUUCUUUUUUCCUGCUGCUUUUAAUUAACAUUAUAAAUAACUUUAAAAAUUUGCUUUUUCAGCAAAUGUCACUGGUUAAAGUCAUGCUUGCUGCUGUAUUUGCAAACUUUUGAACUGCUAAGCAGUACAUACUUGAGAUUCAAAGAGUACAAGUAACUAGCAGAACUAGUUAAUGUCCACCACAAGUGGGGGUCAACAUUUUUACAAACUUAAAAAUGAUAAAGCUGUUAAUUUAUGCAUUGU